AUGGCGAACGUCAACAACACCUCUGACGACGGCACGAACGAUAUCGCCGCCAAACAAGAGUCUCGGGACAGUUCAGGCGACGCAGCAAGCCAGGAAGCCGCCACGCAAGAGAACAAAAAGUUCUAUAACAGCUACGAAAACUACGACAGGAAGCCUCAAACGCAAAGGGGCAAUUUCGAUCCCGGGAAAGAGCCGAAGGAAAGUAGGCAUGAUCGCUUCGAACGAAAGCACGAAGAGCGCGCGAAGCUAUUGCGAACGGGACUGCUGUUCCACCUCCAGGACCAGAUUGGUGACGUGGUGCAGAAUCGUGAGAGGGCACUGGCCAAGUAUGCGAAAUCGACCCAUCGCAGACACAAGAAGCACGAGAAGAAGGUGAGGCAAGCGGAUACUGGGGAGAGUGCGGGUAACGAUUAG